CACAAACAGUUACCCAAAGUCGUGGUCCUUAUCAUGCAGACGUGAAUAAGUGAAAGACAUGUUUUUUCCAAAGACGAGACAAGAGUUCCUGAUGUUUCAUUGCAUGACUAAUUAGUUUCGGAUCAGUUGAAAUUGACUGAAGGGCCAUUAGCUAAAAUGCACAGAGAAUCCUCUGGACAAAAUCAAUGGUUUGGAGCCCCUCUGUGGACAACCGUGGUUCGACAUGCCUUCAUUAAAACAAAAUGCAAAUCAAACGUAAGAUUAAGAUUUUUUAAAAAAUAUCGCGAGGCGAAAAUGUAUAUGAAAAUCAGGACUUUAGUGUCCCUCUUUCUGUUAAAAAUAUGUAUUUCUUACAACACUGACGCAUGCGUCCUGACUUUCACGUGACUGGACCUUAUCGAAACCCGGAAGUACUCUGAAGGUCUUUGGUAAUGGCUGGAGUUUGGUAACAGUUCAGCGUUCGAGGUCCGUAGUAAACGUGAAAAUGGGUGUUAAAAUAGAGGUGUUCAGAAUGAUGCUAUAUCUGUCCUUUCCUGUGACCAUGUUUUGGAUCUCAAACCAAGCAGAGUACUUUGAAGAGUAUAUAAUAAAAAGGAAGAGGGAAAUCUUCCCCCCUGACGAGGAAGUGCAGAGGAAAGAGUUGGAAAACUUCAAGGAGCGAAUGCGAGUUCGUAAGGAGCAGCGGAUAUUAAAAAAUUUUUCUGAGGAAUCUGAGAACUGAACAUAAUGUGCCAAACAAGGCAAUACUGAUGCAGGAUUAUCUGAAAGUGAUUUUUGGACAGAAGAAAAAAUGGUUGGACUGGAGUGAAACCAUGUCACUUUGGAAGUCUCUGCAAAGAUCCAAUAUCCUACGGUGUGCUGCAAAUUUUCAAAGAAUGACUUAUAUGCCUCCUGUUGUUUCAUUUUGAUGCAUCUGUUUCACACAAGACUGAUCAAAUCCUAGAGGGGUUUUAUCUUUAAGUUUCUAUCAUUACACUGUCAUUAAAUAAUUAUUGUAUUUGUACAGCUAGUGACAUCUUAUGUAAUUAUUAUUUAUUUUGUAAGGUGCAGUGCCUGUAAGUCUGUUCCGCUUGUUAGAUUUUGUUUUCAUGUUUCAAAUUUUGCAACAUUGAGUCACAGAUGAUGUAGUUAGGCUUUUUUGAGACACAUCAACAGAAAGAUAUUCAGGUGUAAAACAAAUCUUUAUAAACUCAAAUAAAAUUAAACAAACACGUAAAACACAAAGUAAUUGAUUUUGUCCUGAAAUUUUCACCUGCUUUCCCAGUGCUGCUGUAAAUUAGUUCACUGAAAACCACGCAGACAGCCUCAUGACCUCAUCUCUAUAAGCAGACUCAUCUCUGAGAUGAGCCCGACAACAGUGGUCGUCAGCAAACUUAUAUCCCUGGUACCUCUCUUCAGGUCAGACUUGGUUGGGGGCCAAGUCUGACCUGUCCCCUAACCUGACGGCUGUGUUGAGGCUCUUGAGGAGAGUCUGGACCUCACUACUGGCCAUUCAGGGUUUCUGGUUGGAAAAAACCUGGAUUCGUUUGUUGGCAGUGACAGUGUCAGCAUAGUUUUUGAUAUAGAAAAGUACAGUGUCUGUGAAUUCCUGUAGGUUGUGAUGUUCAAAUAAUUCCCAAAAAGUCCAUGCAAAACAGUCCUGCAGCCGACAGAGAGCUCCCUCAGGCCAUGUUUGUAGUCUUUGUCUCUGGCUUUGUUUUCCUUCUGAGUGGGGUGCAUAUGGGGAUGAGGGACAAGCAGAGAUGAACAGAAUUGGCAAGAUGGGACAGGGGACUGGCUCUAUAGGUAUGUUUAAUAUUUGAAUAAACGUGAUCCAGUGUUUUA